CGACCUGAAUUAUUUUAGUAGCGUAAUUAUCUAAACAACUCCCCGAGGAGCGCGUCAGUGGGAGGACGGAGUGAAGCGCGCGACUGUGAUGCGACAGAUGUUGUAAAAGUCUGGUUGGAUGUAGGCAGAGGGAGAAGAGGAGGAAGAGGAGGAAGUGUCCUGGACAGAAAUGAACACGUUUUUCUAUUGGCGACGGACGAUGAGCAGUAAAGAGGUGGAAGCUCUGCUGCGAUGUUUUCUGCUGUGAAAGCUUCAGCUGGCAACUAUUAAGGGCAUGUUGUUGGUGGAACCACAUCUCUACCGAGGACUUAACUAAAAUAUUGCCUGCCACUGGUUAUGAGAAUCUGCACUACGAGACUGAAACGGUUGGGGGUAAGAUGUUUGUGGAGUCAGUCGUGCGAUGGGGGGCCUGGAGCAUCGUCUUCCAGUUUGUGCUGGGUGUAUCCGCAGGAGGCUGUCCUCCACGCUGUGUGUGUCGACCUGAGGCCAAAGAACUGAUCUGCUCUGGCAAACAUUUGAACUCAGUGCCAGAGGGCUUUUCCGGCGAUGCCAGGCGUUUGGAUUUAUCCCACAAUAAGAUUAAGACUGUUGGGCGCCGGCAGUUUUCUGGCCUCCCGCAACUUCAAGAGUUGGAUCUCAGUGAUAACAUAAUCUCCAUGAUUGAGGUGGAGGCUUUCCAGGGGCUGCAGAACCUCAGGACGCUUCGGAUUAAGAACAACCGACUCAAGAUCAUCCCCGUCGGGGUGUUUUCUGGCCUUUCCAGUCUGCGCUUUCUGGAUUUGAGUCAGAAUGAGAUUCUGGUCUUCCUGGACUACACCUUCAAAGAAAUGGUGAACUUGCAAACACUGGAAGUUGAGGAGAAUGACUUGGUCUUCAUUUCCCAGCGAGCUUUUUAUGGUCUGCAGAAUCUGCAAGAACUAAAUUUAGACCGCAGCAACCUGACCUCCGUUCCUACAGAGGCUUUGUCUCAGCUCCAGAGCCUGGCACGUCUUCGCAUGCUACGCCUUACCAUUUCUACACUGCCUAACAACGCUUUCAGGCGACUACACCGUGUGCGUAGCCUCAUCAUUUCAAACUGGCCUGUGUUAGACACGGUGGCUAGCAACAGCCUGAUCGGACUUAAUUUGACCACGCUUGUCAUCAGCAGCUGCAACCUAAGUGUUGUUCCUUACUCAGCACUGCGUCACCUGGUGUAUCUGCGCUACUUGGACUUGUCCUACAACCCCAUCACUGUUAUCCAGGGUAAUCUGCUAGGGGACCUCUUGAGACUCCAGGAGUUACACCUAGCAGGCGGGAGUCUGCUACGAAUAGACCCAGGAGCCUUUAGGGGACUGGCCCACUUUCGCAUGCUUAAUGUGACGUCCAAUCAGCUCAGUACUUUAGAGGAGAGCGUCUUCCACUCUGUGGGGAACCUGCAGGUAUUGCGGUUGGAUGAGAAUCCCCUAGCAUGUGACUGCCGGCUUCUCUGGGUGGUCCGUCGACGAUUGCGCUUGAACUUUGAUGGACACCAACCCACUUGUUCGUGUCCCGACGCAGUAAGACAGCGGGAAUUCAAAGACUUUUCAGAGAAGGAGCUCCCAAGGCUCUUUACCUGCCGCCCUGCGCGUAUCAUGGACCGCAGGCCGCAGGAGGCAAGAGUAGAGGAGGGGACUACUGUUCUGUUCUCCUGUAAGGCUGAUGGGGAUCCAUUCCCAUCCAUCACCUGGAUCUCAUCCCAUAAGAAAGUGGUUUCUCCAACAGGGCGAAUUAGGGUUUGGCCAAACGGGACUCUGGAGGUUCGUUUUGCCCAAGUUCAGGACAGUGGCACAUAUCAGUGUCUGGCGGGCAAUGCAGCCGGCAAUGACAGCCUAACUGUCGGCUUGUACGUGAAGGGGCUCCCUCGGAACCGAACCAUCCCUUACUUUUCCGAGGAGGGCUGGGAUGAGCCUUUAAACACCGAAGCUGCCAACUCCUCAGCUCAAAUGGCCAAACCAUACCCGUUUGACGCGAAGACCUUGAUCAUCGCCACCACCAUGGGCUUCCUGUCUUUCCUCAGCUCAGUGGCCAUCUGUUUUGUCUUCAUGUUUUUCUGGAGCCAGAGCAAAGGUCAGAUCAAGCACAACGCCACUAUUGACUUUGUUCCUCGCUCCUCAAUGGGUGGUGGAGGGGAAGGAGUUGACGGUGGGAGGUUCACCAUGAAACUUAUUUAAAGCCAAGGUGGAGUUGAAAGAGGCUUCCUUACAGACUGACUUCUUCUGAACUAAGGAACCCCGUUGGGACACUCAAGGACAGAGAACUAUUUUCAAAGUCCUCUUUUUAGGCUUCUCAACACUGACUUUACUUACGAAUGAACCUAGGAGCUUAGUUUAAUGUCAUUUAAAAAAAAAAAAAACUUAAUUUGUACUCAUUUUGGGAUUAACACAUGAAGACAGUGGAGGUUUGACACAGGUUUAUUUCUUGUCAGAACAUAUCAGGUGCUUGUUUCAUCAUCCUAAUUGUACAAGUGUGCUUGUAUUGCCAAUACAAGCCGAAUAAACACUUGCCCUUUGACCCUCGGGUUGCUAUUUCUGCUUUCACACAGAGGAUCAAAACUGCCACAACAGCAUCGGCUCUAAGUGUUUGUGACUACUGUAAGCUGUUGAUACUUGCAAUAAAUAUAUGGAAUAGACUAGCCAAAUCAUUUGUUGAUCCUCAAGUUGUGAAAUUGUGGCCAUUUUGGAGUAUGCUGCACUGGAUGUGUGCUUUCUGUUACGGUACUGCUUACUUUAAAUGAUCAUGUAGCAGUGCAAAGGGAAUGAUUGCAUACCAUAAUGUGAGUAGGAAUGUCAUAUUUUCCUUUUUAAUACUUAAAACACACUUUGUCAGGUCCUUAUUGGAUCAAUUUAUGUGUUUUGUAACAUAUGUUAUCAUGUAAUUACAAUAGAUUAGAUGUUCUUCCAUCAACAAAUGCUAUGAUUUCUCCUUUUUUUAUAUUAAAAUAAAACCUUUUUUUUAUUUUCACAAAACAACACAAAACAUUGACAAAUAUGUGCCUCAGCAACAUUUUCACCGUUGACAGAGAGAAUGGUCACCUCAUCAUCGUUAUCUUGUAAAUAUUUAGGUCAAGGGCGUUUGUGUGCGCUGGCUUUAUCGUUUUAUUUAGUUCUGGAGAUUAGUGUCACUCAAAUUUGGCACGAUUGUUUGAGUUUAGCGUAACUGUGUUGAUGCACUACACACAAAUCAUGCUUUAGUAUGCAAGAAGUUAAUGAAGCAGACAUUCAGCAUGGACAGACUUGUUUAUUUAAUAUCUUGUUCAUAAAAGACUGAUUCUUUUUUUCAUUUUACUUUAUUAAAAACCUAUAUUUAAA